AUGAAUGACAAGCAACCAGUGGCUUCGGUUUUGCCGCAAGAGAUAUGGGUCGCUAUCUUGCGACAUUUGGAUCAUUCAGAUUUAUUUCGCUUGAGACUGUGUUGCAAAAGAUUCAACCAGAUAGUAAGCACGGCUACCGUGUGGAAAUCAAGAUGCUGGAAGAGAUGGUUAGAGCACAUGUCCCAUGACCCGUUCGAUGAGGAGUUUCCAAGCGGCAGUGAUUGGUUUUACUACUAUAGGUUCAGGAAUCGAAUUGAUCAAAGCUUGCUUCAGUUACUUAGGAAGCUUGUAAACGAAAAUGAUAGCACAGAGUAUUGGCAUCUGUACAGACUCAUGCUUCGAUAUAAUCCCUCGCAUACUAUUCCAUUUCUUCAUGGCGUUGUCAGACGGGGGUUUUUGUCAUCGGAGCCGUUUGAUGUGGUCACUUUAUGCCAACAUCUGUUAACAUCGGUGAGACACAAGCAUGUUUACGACCUUUUUCGUGUUGGGGAGAGAGCUUCAUUUGUACAUAACGCGGAAGAAACCUUUUUCCUGCCGCUGGCUGCUAUGGACCCUUCCUUUGAUAGACUAUUGCAUUUUAGAAGCGACGCUCAUGAUCGUGUACAUUCGCUUAUUAAAGCUGAAUUCAACAAUCUUCAAGACUUCCUCAACUUACCGACAACCCUAAAGGUGGAUAAAUUGAUAAGCCGCCUUUUCGAAGCUCUAGAUCUACUGGAUAAAGAUAGGCAGCUUUUUAUUGAAGAUUUCAUUUUGCUGAGGAUAUAUGCAGGUGAAACAGCAGGCCAUCCCCUGCUCAUACUUUCCAUGGUGCAAUAUCUAGCUUCCACAUACGGUGUGGAGACAGUAUUAUGCGGAUCGUACCUUAUUAUUCAUGACCCUCAUGUGAGAGACGGAGAGACCUAUCUAACCAUUGCAUCCUCAGGAAUACCAAAGAUAUUCACUAAAAGAAGGCUUGUACUGUCUUUGAAGCGUAUUUUGGGCUCAAGCGACUACAUUAUCCAAAGAGAGAUUUUACCAACAAUAUUGCAGCCGCUAAGACAGCAAGAAUUACUCGCGACAGUUUUCAAAGAGUUACUACCACUGUACAACAAGUCCAAGUGGUCUGUGGCCGCUCCGAAGACCAUGGAGGAGCUGCAGCGUCUAUUUCCCCAUAGCAAUCAACCUAUUAGGCCUGAGAUGAUCAAUUACUUUCUCUGCGUUUUCAAAUCUAUGGAGAUUCGCUCAAAAACUGAAAGAAGUAUCUCAGUAAUGCUUACAGUAACAUUUAAAGAGGUUUUUCAGCUUAUCUCAAGGCUUUUCCCGGGCGAUCUAUCCUAUGCAGAAGACCUGUUGAAAUGCAGAGGAGCUGCUUUUAGCGAGAUGGAUCUCGAGUAUGGAGAUUGGUUGUCCCAGAUCCAUAACAUAUCAUUACGAGCAAAUGCUGAGUUUGGCAACUUCGUGGUCUCUCUACGAGAUCAACAAAUAUUGUGCGUCAUUGGCGUAAAGGAACUCAAUAGCGCUGGAACAUUUUACAAUUUAAUGAGUUUUGCAGGUGAAUUUUACGUGGAGCACAGUAGUAAUAUAAGAACUUUAGACGCUGGCGAGGAAGAAAACGUCAUCAAAAGAUUUCUGACUGUAGGGUUUCAGUCGGAUUUGGGUCUUGUUUUCAAAGGCAUCGAUUGGCUAUCACACAAACUUAUUCCUAAUAGUCAUGUCUCUCAUAUAAUAAAGACACUUUGA